AUGCGGCAAUCAAAUUACUUAUACCAACAUCUGCACCUACCGAAUUACUCGGCCCCUCUUUUCUUCAUUCACUCACGUCUAUCCAGUUUGUUAGUUCUCCCCAACGACAUACCAAUUUGCUCAUCUAUACAUUGUUCACUUACUUUGGUAUGUGAACAUCUUUGUGUCGGUGCAGUCACUUUGAAGAGUUGUCCACAGUCUCGUAUCGGUCGAGACAAAACUGACAAUCAGGCGAUUGAUGAAACCGACAAAGUGAUGGCGAUGAAGACGCUGUCCAGACUUGCAUUUAUGCUGUCAUUUCGUGUUGUCAACGUGCACGAACAGAUGAUCAUUUCACACGAGCUUGCAGCUUUGCCAAGAUGUGGAAAAUGA